UAUGUAUUGUGUGUUCUUUUUUUUUUCUUUUCUGUAGUUUGCUCUUCUAUCUAGAAAAUUUCAGGUUUCAAUUAAUUUUUUUUUCAUUUUAUUGUGCCCGGUGCCGUUUUAUUGCCACACCCAAUUACUGGUUGCUUUGGCUAUAUCCACUGAGAAAUUUUUCGGUGUCAUUACUGGCGGCAGUACAAAAAUGGUACACCCUUUCGGAGGCAGGUCUUUAUGUGUGGCAGCAUUACUAAUAGUAACACAACUAGUAAUAUUCACAUCGACCAUACCGUGUUCAAAUUCCCUUCGAAUAACAAAGAUGAAAUCUAUGGUUUUUCGAUCCCCCAAGUUUGAGCUGGAACCAGGAUCAGUCGUGAACAAAUUUUACUACGACGUUGACUUUCCAAGAGGCCAUAUUGCUCUAAAGAGUUUUUAUGCUGAAGUAGUUGAUGAGGCAGGACACUCUGUCCCUCUUCACGAAACUUAUAUUCAUCAUUGGGCCAUCGUCAGAUAUUAUCAACCCAAAGAUGACAAUCAGAAGCAUAAUAUGUCGAAUAUCACGAUUGCUAGAAACAGUGGAAUAUGCCAGGAUGAUAUUCUUGGGCAGUAUUAUGGUUUUGGCUCCGAAACACGUAAAACGUCUACGUUUGCUCCUGAUCCUUAUGGAAUUGAAGUUGGUAAUCCUACUGAAAUUCCUGAUGGUUAUGAGGAGAGAUGGUUUCUCAAUGUGCACGCAAUUGAUGCGCGAGGCGCGGUCGACCGAUUCGGAUGCACUGAGUGCAGAUGUGAUUUGUAUAACAUCUCCAAGGAUGAGUAUGGCCGGCCUUUGAGGUCAGAUUAUAAAGGAGGCCUUUUGUGUUGCUAUGAUCAAACACAAUGUAGAGUGAGAAAAGGCUUUCAGGGGGUCAAGAGAAGCCUCUACCUCAGAUAUACUGUGGAAUGGAUUGAUUGGACUGAUUCUGUUUUGCCUCUGAAGAUAUAUAUUCUUGAUGUUACUGAUACUUGGAAUGGUUUGAACUCUGCUAAACAUGAUUGCCAAACCGAAUACCAAGUUGUGGAAUCAUGCAAAGGCACUGGUGUGAGUAGGGACAGAUGCAUUGACACUGAAAGCACAAGGGUCAGCAUACCAACAGGUGGAUAUGUUGUGUAUGGUGUCGCUCACCAGCAUACUGGGGGAGCUGGUUCAACAUUAUAUGGAGAGGAUGGAAGGGUGAUAUGUUCGUCGAAUCCAAUCUAUGGAAAAGGAAAUGAAGCAGGGAAUGAGGCCGGUUACGUUGUGGGAAUGUCUACUUGUUAUCCUAAACCAGGCUCAGUCCAAAUACUCGAUGGUGAGACAUUGGUUCUUGAGUCCAAGUACAAUAGCACCCAAUCACACACUGGAGUUAUGGGGAUAUUUCACAUUUUUGUUGCAGACCAAUUACCCAACACAUUGAAGAUCUCUGAUCACUCUCCUAUCUGAGUGAUAUAAAACGUUGUCUAUCUAAAAUUAACUAUAUAUCGUAAGUGAAUCCAGUAAGUGAAUUCCAAUAAUGUGUUAGAAUUUUGUGUUGAAUUAAAAAAUAAAUGGGAUUUUAGUCUCA